UGGAGAGCUGCUAUAUGCAAACAGCGUGCUGAUCCUCUAACAGUGGAACAACUUGACAGUGAGUGUUAAGUCAAGUGAAACACUUUAUAAAGUGCCACUUUUUCUGAGUUUCAAAGCUCCUCCAGUCUAAAUAUCUACCGGGCCUCAGUAGUAGAUUUAUCCCAAAAUAGACACAAACUGUUCCCACCUCUCACACAGACUGGUGAACUUCGACACACUCAGGGGAUCGGAUUAGAUUAGAUAAAUUUAGCUUCAGUAGUUUUUGCUUACAAAGUUGGGAAAUUAUCCUAAAAAACUGUCAUUCUAGAAAUGCUGGUAAAAACUCUUUAGGUGCCUUCCCAGCUUGUCCCCAGGCUGUUAAGACUCCCCAGAAUUGAUAUGUCACGAAAGCACUGUGUCCCAAAUAAGUCAAACUCUUGCUGCCUGGACCAGGAGUCUAAUGAGGUGUCUCCAUAGUUGGAGUGGACACAAAUGAUCCAGCUGUGAGUGCUGGGUAGGAGACAAAAACUAUAUGUAGCACAUCCUCACCUGAAGGCAAAACAGACACAGUCUCCACAGGACCUUGACUUUAGUCCACAUUUACAGUUUACCAAGACAGAGGAGACAAACUACGCAGAGCUGAGAAGAGGCCUCGGUACUGGAAACUACUGAAUCCACAAACACUGACAAGCGUGUUAAACAAACAUGAGCAUGGGGAGUCCUGGCUGCGAGCACACAGGCUACACUGUGCACUCGCCUCUCUACAUCAGCCACCCCAACACUGACACCAGGAUGGCCUGGCUGGACCAGGCAGAGGACAUCAAGCCGCCCCGCAGCUUGCUGGGGCUCCCUGAGCUCAGCUGGCCGGGGGUCUACCUCCCCUGCUAUGACAGAUCAGCUAUAGAGGAGAACCCCUGGGUGCUGAGGAUGACAGAGGCCCCAGCUCCCACUGCUCCUCCCUCCAGGACUCCGGAGCUGAGUCCAGCCAAGCCGAGCCAUCCCCAGGAGCCCCCCUCUGAGAUGGAGGGUCAGGUGGAAGAGCGCUGUCUGGAGCAGGUGCAGACCAUGGUGGUGGGAGAGGUGCUGAAGGAUGUCGACACGGCUUGCAAACUGCUCAACAUUGCACCAGACCCGCUGGACUGGAGCUGUAUGCACGUUCAGAAGUGGCUCCUCUGGACCGAGCACCUGUACAGGCUGACGCAGGUCAGCACCAUGUUUCAGGAGCUGAGCGGCAGGGAUCUGUGCUCCAUGACAGAAGCAGACUUCAGACAGCGCUCCUCGCAGUUUGGGGACAUGCUGUAUGCUCAUCUGGACAUCUGGAGAUCUGCUGCUGCAAUGAAGGAGCGCUGCCCGCCAGAGGAGGACAGCAAAUCUGCAGCUGAUGAUGAUUCCUGGUCAGAUGUGAUGCGUAACUACCCCAGCCAGCCCAUCCACCUGUGGCAGUUCCUCCGAGAGCUGCUCCUCAAGCCUCAUAACUACAGCCGCUGCAUCCGCUGGCUCAACAAAGAGAAAGGGAUUUUCAAAAUAGAAGACUCCGCUCUGGUGGCCAGGCUAUGGGGCAUCAGGAAGAACCGCCCGGCUAUGAACUAUGACAAACUGAGUCGCUCUAUACGCCAGUACUACAAGAAAGGCAUCAUUCGAAAGCCCGAUGUGUCACGCAGACUCGUCUACCAGUUCGUCAAUCCCGUAUGAUGACGAGGAUCGGCUGAUCCGAGGAGAACGAGCUGAGGAGGAACCGAAGAUAUGCUGGACAUACAGUAGAAGUAACAUGAACUCUGAGGCUCGUUCGUUGUACUUUACGGUUCAUUUCAUUUGUAAAGACUGCCUACUAAACUAUGCACUCCUGCCUAUCAUCAUAUCACUCUACUUAAUUUUUCUUAAAGCUCGAUUUUAUUUUAUUUGUCCCUUUAGCACUCUUCUUUUAAAUUUAUUUUUUGGUGUGUUGUUUGGUUCUCAAAUAGACACAUUUCUUUUUUGAACUAUGGAAACAUUUAAAGGACAUAAUGCUUAUUUGCUUCUCAGUUGAGAGUUAGAUGAGAAGAUAUUACUCUGUAUCUGUAUAAUUAAUAUGUCACAGGAGC